CAGCGCCCCGAAGCCGGCGGAGGCUUUCCUGAGCUGGCGGGGGACAACAUGCAGGUGCGGGACCAGCAGUCAUUCACCAUGGACGUCACCAAUGUCCACAGUAUGCUCACCUGGCUCAACACCGCGGAUGGCAAGGACACCAUCCCCGAUGUCCCCGAUGUCCCCGGCAUCCCUGACAGCACUGCCUUCUUCAACCAGCUCUCCAACUUCUCGGAGUACGGGGUAGAGAGCGACUGCCCCGAGGACCGAGUGGCAGCAGCGAUGCUGGGGGAUGCCGACCCCUCCUGGGGGGCGGUGGUGACGUCCCCCUUGCCAGACCCCAAGAGGGAGCAGGGCGGGGUGGCGGCGGUCCUCCUCACCUGGCUGCCAGAGGGUCCCACGGAGCCUUUUCAGGAGAGUCCUGCGGAGACUUCAAAGGAGAGGCCUAUAGAGAGUCCCGUAGAGAGUUCAGAGGAGAUUCCAAAGGAGACCCCUCUGGAGAGUCCUCUGGAGAGUUCCCCUGAAGGGCCACCUGAAGGGUUGCCCAGAGGGUCCCCUGAAGAAUCCCCUGAAGGGUUCCCUGAGGGCUCUUCUGCAGCCAGCAUCCUUCCAUAUCGAUUGUCCAGCAGUUUCUGCACAACCCGCUAUCUCUGUGCAGCGCUGCAGACCAACCAUCCAGGCUGGAAGGCAUUCAAAGUCUUUGAGCGGAUGGCUCGGCAGGAUGACGAGAAGAGGCGCCGAGAGCUGGAAGCGAAGCUAAGGAAGAAGGAAGAGGAGGAGGAGGCUGCCGCAGCCGCCGGGAGGGUGAAACUGUCCCCUGCAGCUCAGGAGGUUGAGGUAGAGACAACAGCAGAACACGUCCCAGCACCGGACGCAGGGGGAGCUGCGGGGACGCAGGAGUCGGCCAUAGCCCAGGACGCAGCCCCCAGUCCUGUGUUGGCGGAGCCCCCGGGGGCCGCUGCCCCGGCAGAGCCCCAGCCAGCAGAACUGCCCACGAGACAGGAGCAGUUCCAGACAAACCCCGACAGCUACAACGGAGCUGUGCGAGAGAACUACGCCUGGUCCCAAGACUACAGCGACCUGGAGAUUAAAGUGCCCGUGCCCAAGCACAUCGUAAAAGGCAAACAGAUCAACCUGAACAAAGGGGACGAGUACUGGUGGAACGCCAUCCUGGAGGGCGAGGAGCAGAUCGACAUCGACAAGAUCAACAAGGAGCGCUCCAUGGCCACAGUGGACGAGGAGGAGCACGCUGUGCUGGACCGCCUCACCUUCGACUACCACCAGAAGCUGCAGGGCAAGCCCCAGAGCCACGAGCUGGUAGGUGCCAGCCGCCCCACGCCACCAGCCCAGCCCUGCCCUGCCACGCGCCCUCUGGCUCUUCCGUGGGUCCCAUCUCUG